UUGACACCGCUGGAGUAUGGCAGAGAAGACUGACGACAGAGAAGACAGAGAAGAUCUCCAGAUGCAUUACAAAGCCUCAUCUUCAAUCAACUCUGAAUGUCAACCAUCAGCAGUGGAAGAGUAUUCUCUGUGAUGGACAAAGUGGUCAUCUUUCACCCUUCCAGAGAAUGUUAUUUAUCUACAUAUAUUUACAUAUGGAAUCAUAAAUGCAUCUAGGUCCUCCAGAAAUGAAUUGAACACUGCUGGACACUACAUCAAGACUGAACAACGAUGGCUUUACAUUUAUAUUCUCUGCUUUAUGAUGAGACAACUGUGAUCUGAGGAGAGCUUCAGAAAGUGGAGCUCUAACUGAUCUGAAAUUCUGGAAAAGGUCAAAGGUCUUGGGUUAAGCAUGGUGUCAGUGGAGGUCUCUGUGGCUUUCGUGUUGUGCAGUGUGCUGAUGAAAGCCAGGGCUCUGAUUGAUUCUGAUGACGUCAUCACCAGGGAUGAACAGAUCUUUCUUCUGAUUGGUGCACGGGCGAAGUGUGAGAAAAGCAUCCAUGAUCAACUAGAUGUAGUUGAAGAGGGUUACUGUGUUCCUGAGUGGGAUGGGAUCAUUUGCUGGCCUUCAGGAAAACCCAACCAGCUGGUUACAGUCCGGUGUCCUGAGUACAUUUACGAUUUCAACCACAGAGGACAUGCUUAUCGCCAGUGUGAGGCUUCAGGCAAUUGGGAGCAGGUGCAUGCUCUGAACCGGACGUGGGCCAACUACACUGAAUGCACUACUUACCUACAUACAAACCACAGUGCUCAGGAGGUGGUCUUUGAGCGUCUUUACCUGAUGUACACUAUUGGAUAUUCAAUAUCACUGGCAGCAUUACUGGUGGCUGUGUUUAUCCUCUGCUAUUUCAAGCGUCUUCACUGCACUCGUAACUACAUCCACAUCCACCUCUUCACCUCAUUUAUAUGCCGAGCAGUCAGUAUAUUUGUGAAAGAUGCUGUUCUGUAUACUAUAACAGACGAAAGCAAACUAGAGGAUGGGGCGGUUGGACAACGAUCUUAUAUGGUGGGUUGCAAGGUUGCUGUGACGCUCUUCCUGUAUCUCUUGGCAACCAAUCAUUAUUGGAUCCUGGUGGAGGGUCUGUACCUGCACAGCCUAAUCUUCAUGGCCUUCCUGUCUGAUAAGAACUGUCUGUGGGCCUUAACAAUCAUCGGCUGGGGGAUACCGGCUGUGUUUGUAUCCAUAUGGGUCAGUGCUCGAGCGUCUCUGGCAGACACACAGUGCUGGGAUAUAAGUGCAGGCAACCUGAAGUGGAUCUAUCAAGUACCAAUCUUGGCAGCCAUUGUUGUAAACUUCUUCCUCUUCCUCAAUAUCAUCAGGGUUUUGGCAUCUAAGUUGUGGGAAACAAACACAGGAAAACUGGACCCUAGACAGCAAUACAGGAAGCUUUUGAAAUCAACCCUGGUGCUGAUGCCACUGUUUGGAGUUCAUUAUAUGUUGUUCAUGGCUCUUCCAUACACUGACGUCACAGGUCUGCUAUGGCAGAUUCAGAUGCAUUAUGAGAUGCUGUUCAACUCUUCACAGGGUUUCUUUGUGGCUUUUAUUUACUGCUUCUGUAAUGGGGAGGUACAGGCUGAGGUUAAAAAGGCUUGGCUGAGGCGAAGUCUGGCAAUAGAUCUGAAGCAGAAGGCUCGUGUCACCAGUAGCGCCUGCGGUGGGAGCGGCUACUACGGAGGCAUGAUGUCCCACACCACCACGCAGAGUGUUUGCCUUAGUGUCAGUGGUACAAAAGGGACACCUCUGGUGGGAACGGCCCUGGGUUGCAAAGGACUAAAGUGCCCCCCUAUAGGAAAUGCACCCGGCUAUGUUUUCAGUGACACAGAGGCUGUGUUUCUUCCAGUGCAGCAACAUGAGCUGGUACUGAGGCAGGCUGAUGGAAAGGUGAUGUGCAGUCAGACUUGCAGGAAUGGAAAGGAAAGUGACAAUGAUCUUGAGCCAUAUUUUGUAGCAGAUGAGGAAUAUUCUGGGUCUGUGUCUUGGAAAGAGUUGGAGACAAUGCUUUGACUCUUGGACUAUUCAUCCGGUGUAAAUAACAUGAGAAAAUACUGACUGCAUCAUAUUGUUGGAAAGGCAGGCAUUACAAUCACUAUUACAGUACAUAGCAUACACAUAGUUACUUCCUGGCAACUGCACAUCAUCAUGACUGACACUUUUUCAUGGGCAAGCACCAGUAACAUCACUAUUCAUAAGAGCUUUGAAAAAACAAAUAUUUUAAAGGCAGGGAUGUAAUUUGUUUCCAAUCAUAAGUAGAUCAUCUCAAACUAUUCCUGUAAUCUGUCAGCUCUUUCUUUAUCUGCUUCAUCUGUCAGAUAAGGUCAAAUUAUUUUAUAUAAUGUACUGUGGUUAACCUGUAGAUACAGUUUAAAUGGUGUGGAGUUUCUUUAGCUCAUUCAAUCAGUACAUUGUGAUUUCCACUGCUUUACAAACUUCUGAUGUCAUUGGUUUUCAUCUGAUGUUUGUCAGUAACUGUGUUUAGACCAGCCCUGCAAUUUUUUAGUUAGUGUGCAAAAAAACAAACUUACAGUAUAAGCUACUAACCAGCAAGCAAUAGCUAAUUUCACCAUCUAUAGGUUAAGACCCGAUAUAGUCUGGCAAUGAGUAACCCAAAAUAUGACCCAAAAAUUUUGUUUUUGCCAAAAUAUGA